AUGGCCAACGCCGUCAACACCAUCCGCCGGGUCAAUGCCUUUGGUGACGGUGCCUACACAUACUACCCUGUCGUGGUCAUAGGCGCUGGCGAGUCGGGAAUCGCCAUGGGAUGUCAAUUGAGAUCCAAGCUUGGUUUUGAUCAAUUUCGCAUCUUUGAAAGGAAAUCCGGCAUUGGUGGCACUUGGUACACCACCUGCUAUCCUGGCGUUGCUUGCGACAUCCCAACCAUCUGCUAUUCGUAUUCGUUCGCUCGAAAUGCGGGUUGGAGCACUUUGCAUCCUUCCGGUCCAGAGAUCGCGAAAUAUCUUUACAAUGUCUGCGAGCAAUUUCACAUCCUCGACAAAAUCCAGACGGAUACUGAUGUCACCUCGAUACGUUGGCUCGAUGAUGAAGAGGAAUGGGAACUGGUUCUUGAACACAUGGCCCCAGGAAUGGGUGACUUGAGCGGGAGACAACGAAAAGCUAUAGCAGAGUCGCAAGGCAUUGCCAAGGUCUGCUUCAAAAGGGAGACCAUCCGGGCCAAGGUUGUUGCCAGCGCAGUCGGCGGUCUCGUGGAGCCAAAACCAUAUCCCGAAGUUCCCGGCCUCGACAGAUUCAAAGGCGACAUUCUCCAUACUGCACGCUGGGAUCCUACCACUAAACUGCAAGACAAGAACGUCGUCAUCCUAGGUGCCGGCUGCAGCGCCGCCCAGGUGACCCCGGAAAUCAUCAAACCACCCUACAACGCCAAAUCCAUAACACAACUCCUCCGCUCCCCGGGCUGGGUUGAGCCCACCUUCGGUCCCAAGGUGGUCAAAUGGUGGGAGUCCAACACACCGGCCCUGUUCUCCUUGGUGCCUGGGCUGCAAUGGACCGUUCGCAAAGCCCUGUUCGCCCUUAUCGAACUCGAAUUCCUGCGCACCUUCAGCAUUGGCGCCAGGGCGCGAAAAUACCGUGUCGAAAAGCAAAAGACCCUCAUCGCCUACAUGCACAAGAUGGUACCCGAAAAAUACUGGGAGAUCCUUACCCCUGACUACGAAGUCGGCUGCAAACGCCGCGUCAAGGACAGUGAUUGGUUCCGCAGCUUGCAAAACCCAAAGAUCGAACUCACCUCACUGCCUCUAACCUCGGUCCAAGAACACACGGUCACCCUCGGGCCCGGACGCCACUACCCACCCAUGUCCCAAACGGACAGCAAGGUCUCCACCGCCGAGCGCACCAUUCCCUGCGAUACCCUCAUCUUCGCCAACGGCUACGAGACGGGCGAAUGGCUUCACCCGCUCGACGUCAAGGGGCGAGACGGCCGCUCCCUCUACGAUGUCUGGGAGUCUCGCGGUGGCUCCCAGGCCUACCUCGGCACCGCCAUGGACGGGUUCCCCAACUUCUUCCUGAUUUUCGGCCCCAACACCGCGACGGGCCAUUCAUCCGUGAUCCUCGCCUCGGAGAACAUGGUCAAUCACUCGCUCAACUUCAUCAGGCCGAUCUUGGACGGGGAGGUGAGGACGUACGAGGUGAAGGAGGAGGCGGAGCGGCGAUGGACGCAGAAGGUUCAAGACGCGUUGAAGGACAGCGUUUGGCAGAAGGGCGGGUGUAAGAGCUGGUAUUUCAAGGAAGAGAGUGGCUGGAACGCGACCGUGUAUCCGUGGAGUCAGAUCCAUUUCACCUUGCGGUGUAUGUUUCCCCGGUAUGGCGAUUGGGAGGCCACAUACACCAGGAAGGGCGCUGUCAAGAGGAGGGUCAGGACGGUGGCGAAGGUGCUGGGCACGCUGGUGGUGAUGGGCGCAUUGGUUUAUACGGGCACGUACGGCGUGGAGGAGGUGGUCGGCGGGUUAAGGGGGGUGUUGAGAGAUGGCUUAGACAGGCUGAGGAGUUGGCUAUAG